AUGGAUAAUUUUGCAAAAUCUUUGAUAGCUUCUCAAGACUUUCAAAUAGAAAAACUCCAAAAUAUUUUGAAUAAUGCAAAACAAUUUAAUUCAGAGAAUAUUCAAUCACUUCUAUCUACAAAAUCAGAAUUUUUAUCACAAUUUAACGAAGACAAAGACAUGCUCGAGGAAAUGAGAAGAGAACUUGAAGCUGCUUAUGAAAAAAUUCAAAAAUAUGAAAAUAUUUUAACAAAUAUCGAAAGAUUAUUAGAUAAAGCAGAAAUAGAUGUUGCUGCUAUUGAAGAAUAUGCAUGGGGACCACAACAAGGCUAUUUCAAUGGAAUUAUGCAGACAAUAAAAUGGAUAGCACCUUCUUUUAGUGCUAGAAUUAAUUAA